GCCUGCAAAGAAAAAACUUGAAGGCAAAGCUAAAGCCGGGAGUAUACCGGGGGAUACAGGAUCUGUGGCAACCGCGACUAUGGUUCGGUGCCAAAUGCCGCCGCGCGCCUGCAAGAGCAAGAGCCAGAGCGCCGCCAGGCCCAGUCUUAGUCCCAGCCGCCUGGCCAAGAAGCCCAGCCUGACGCCGACCACCGGUUCUCAGGCGCCAUCGCAGACCAUCGCAAAGUCGAGGCCCACCGGUCUCGAGACGAUUUUUGAACGGCCCGGCAAUGAGGACGACGGUCCCACAAGCAGCCAUGCCGUGGCAUUCGGCGAGUGCCAGCGCCGCGUCCUCGCCCUGGGUACGGGCGAAAAAAAAAGAACCCUGUCGCAGAAGAGCUGCCUGAAGGUGCGCAACACCUUGGGCGAACGCAGCACCCGGCACAUGAUGACACUGCGGGCGUCCCGCACUACUUUGGACAGCGUAAUGCUCGGGGGCUCGGACGAUGAAGGCGAGUCGGUCGGAGUCGCUCCCGCAGUCGCUCCCGUAGCUGCUCCCGAAGUCGUUCCCGCUGGAGGAAAUGCCGGUACAAAUCAGCCGGCACCAUUCGUGCUGCGCACCAGCAGGAGGCUCAAGAGUCUGCCUCCGUUUUAGAUUGUUGCACCUUCCACCCUCCAAAUGAAAGAAAAAGAAUAAAGAAAAGAAAAGCAAAGAAAAGAAAAACCCUCUACAGAAUGUCUCUUUUGCUCUCAUUGUAAAUUGAAGCGCCUCUUUCGGCGGAACCUACCCCAAGAGCGGAAAGCGGAGAUCAAUUAGAAUUGUGAACCCCAAAGCGA